AUGCAUUCGGCCACACUGUGUGCCUUCGUAGGCAAUAGAGUUUCUGAGAUUCAAGACCUCACCGCAGGUUCACAUUGGAGAUAUGUCCACACAAAUUGUAAUCCAGCAGACAUUGUGUCAAGAGGCAGCACUGUUAAGGAUCUCACUAAUUCUAUUUGGUUUAAAGGACCUUCAUUUCUUCGUCAAGAGAUGUAUAAGUGGCCUGCAAACAAGAACGACAACUUGGAUUUUGAAGAAGUUAAUAAGGAAAAACGAAAAGCAGCAUUCAAGGUAACUGUAUCAACCAAUUAUGUCAUAGAUAUUAUUGAUAAGUAUAGCUCACAUACAACGGCUGUUCGUGUACUGGCUUGGUUGUUUCGUUGGUAUCAUCAUUAUAAGAAGAAGUUCAACCGCAAUGUCUUUACAGAAGUUCUUACUCAUGAAGAAUUAGACCACGCCUUCCGAUGCAUCAUUUCAAAUAUACAAGCUCAGUACUUUGCUGAAGAUAUUUAUUUAUUGAAUCCAGGAUCUAUAACAAAAGGUUCAUUAAAAUACCUCAACCCAUUUAUUGAAGAUACCGGUGGGUAUAAGCUGAUAAAGGUUGGUGGACGAUUAGAAUUGGCUGAUCUUGCAAAAGAAUGUAAACAUCCUAUCCUGCUGCCUAGCAAAUCUGAAUUCGUCAUACGUUAUGUUCGUUACUUGCAUCGUAAGAAUUAUCAUGCUGGACCUAAGGCACUAGUGGCACUCAAUCGUUUAGAGUUUUGGAUUAUAAACGCCAGAGAGCUUGCUCGAAGAGUAGUCAGGCAAUGUGUUCACUGCGUGCAUUAUAAGCCAAAACUAUUGCAACAGAUGAUGGGCAAUUUACCGGUAGAACGUCUCACACCGUCACGGCCGUUUGCGCGCUGUGGUAUAGAUUUUUGUGGACCAUUCAACACGUAUUUACGUAUAAGAGGGAAGCCUCCAUACAAAACUUAUAUCGCCAUUUUUAUUUGUAUGGCAACAAAAGCAGUACACAUCGAAGUUGUAUCAAGUUUGUCAACAGACGCGUUCAUUGCAGCAUUAAAAAGAAUGAUUGGCAGGAGAGGCUUACCAAGUGAUAUAUUUUGCGAUAACGCAACCAAUUUUGUUGGGGCUUCGAAUCAAUUGACAGAACUAAAGUCAUUCUUGUUUAAUAAAAUAACCCAAUCGUCUAUCAUUCAGUACUGCGCGUCUGAAUUUAUUAAUUUUCACUUUAUUCCGCCCAGGGCACCUCGUUUUGGCGGUCUUUGGGAGGCUGCAGUUAAAUCCGCAAAAGGGCACUUAUAUAGAAGUUUGAUGACUACUAAGUUAACAUUUGAGGAGUUGUCAACAGUAACAACCGAGAUAGAAGCUAUUCUCAACUCUCGACCAUUGACACCACUUUUGCCGGAUCCUAGCGACUACGAAGCAUUGACUCCUGCUCAUUUUUUGAUUAGGUGCUCUUUAAAGGCGUUGCCGGAGUGGACGGAAUUUGCUAAUACUAACAUGCUCGACAAGUGGUCCCUCAUCAUCGGUUUGAAACAAUCAUUUUGGAAGCGGUGGUCUCAUGAAUACAUAAAUGAGCUACAGAUGCGCACAAAAUGGACCUGUGAAAUACCAAAUAUCAUGCCCAAUGCAAUGGUGUUAAUUCAUGAAGACAAUGUGCCUCCACUACAUUGGCAACUCGGAAGAGUUCUGAAGGUCAUACCAGGCAAGGACGAGCAUGUCAGAGUAGUUGACGUACGUACCUCAAAGGGCAUCAUUCGCAAACCUAUCCACAAACUAGCCAUUUUACCUAUUGAAAGUCCUUUCAAGGAGGCCGGGAUGUUGGGUAACAAUACAAAAUAA